UGUUUGUCUCAUCUCAUGCAGUCUAGAUUUGUCAAAACCAAGAGUGAACACAUUUUGUAUACUAUUUUACUACUUCUUCUAUAUAAUACAGCUACUCAUCUCUCUUCUCUUUACAUAACCAAUCCCAAACAACACCGCCAUUAAAAUCCUUGAAACAUUGAGCUACAAAGAAUAAGAACAAACUCUGAAAAUGAUUCGUCUGAAAGACGGAGACAUGUUAGCCCAAGUCGGAUCAUUAAUCGCUAGUUUAAUGUUCGUAUGGGCUAUGUUCAAGCAAUACUUCCCCUAUGAGCUACGAGACCGUCUCGAGAAAUACACUCAAAGAGCCUUCACUUUUGUUUACCCUUACAUCCAAAUCACAUUCCAUGAGUUCACCGGGGAGCGUCUGAUGCGAAGCGAGGCUUAUUCCGCCAUCGAAACGUAUCUUAGCUCGAGUACUUCUACGCAGGCGAAGAGACUAAAGGCUGAAGUUGUUAAGAACAAUCAAUCACUAGUUCUUAGUAUGGAUGAUCAUGAAGAAGUUUCUGAUGAAUUUAAAGGAGUAAAACUUUGGUGGGCUUCUGGCAAAAAUGUUUUUAAGUCUCAAACAUUAUCUUUCCAUCAGGUGACGGAUGAGAAAAGGUAUUACAAGCUUAGAUUCCAUAAGAAACAUAGAGAUCUAAUAGUUGGGCCGUAUUUGAAUCAUGUUCUGAAAGAAGGAAAGGCAAUAAAAGUGCGAAAUCGACAGAAAAAACUCUACACAAACAACGGAUCGCAUUGGAGUCAUGUAGUUUUCGAGCAUCCUGCGAGUUUCAAGACAUUAGCAAUGGAAGCAGAGAAGAAGAAAGAAAUAAUGGAUGAUUUGAUUACAUUCAGCCAAGCUGAAGAUUUCUACGCGAGAAUCGGAAGGGCGUGGAAACGAGGUUAUCUUCUCUACGGGCCACCCGGGACUGGGAAAUCUACUAUGAUUGCAGCAAUGGCAAAUCUUUUGAACUAUGACAUUUAUGAUCUGGAGUUAACUGCUGUGAAAGACAAUACAGAGCUACGAAAGCUACUAAUCGAGACAUCGAGCAGAUCGAUAAUUGUGAUCGAAGAUAUAGAUUGCUCGCUUGAUUUAACCGGUCAGAGAAGCAAAAAAAAGGAAAAAACAGAAGAAGGGGACGAAGCUAACAAAGAACAAAAGGCGAAACCGCCGAAAGAAGAUGGAAAAUACAGCCAGGUUACAUUAUCAGGGUUAUUGAACUUCAUUGAUGGGUUAUGGUCAGCUUGUGGAGGAGAAAGACUAAUAGUAUUCACCACGAAUUUCUUAGAAAAACUCGAUCCGGCGCUAAUUCGGAAGGGUAGAAUGGAUAAACAUGUAGAAUUGUCAUAUUGCAGCUUUGAGGCAUUCAAGGAAUUGGCAAAGAAUUAUCUUCAGAUUGAGUCUCAUAAUCUGUUUGAUAAAAUCAGGGAGGCGUUACGGGAAGCGAAGAUGACGCCUGCGGACGUUGCGGAGCAUUUGAUGCCGAAGACUCUUCCUGGGAAUGCUGAGGUUUGCUUGGAGAGUCUCAUUGCUGGGCUUGAAAAGGCGAAAGAGGAAGCAAAAUUGCAAACAGAGGACGAAGUAAAAAAAGAGACAGAGGAAGACUUAAGCAAGUAGUUUUGUUAAUAGCAUUCAGUAUAAAUAUGUAAUCUAACUCUAUUACUUUCAUCAGGAUGUGAAUUGAGCAAUGUAAGUAGUGAUUGAUUGCAGUUCUGUAUAAGUUGGUAUUGCAGGGAACAUGUUCGACCGAAUGCCCCAAUGAACUUGGAUGUUCCUUUUCAUAAACAAUUUCACACUAUGUUUGAAGAA